UUUUUUUUCUUUACCGCCGUCUUUUUACCGCCCGUUUAUCUAUCAAGCACGAAACGACAACGUAUUUGAAAACUAGAAUUGAGCCCUCUCGCUCUUUGUUAGGGACGAUAAAAACAGUCACUCGAGAAGAGAUUCCUUGGUUUGGUCUGUUUGUUCUUCAGUCCUUGAAUUGUUUUGAUACGGAGCAGCCAUGGAUGUUGAUUCACAACCUAUGAUGGAGGAGACCAUAUUGGUCGGCGACGACCUAAUGAUGGGUCCUCCAUGUCCGGUCAUCCCUCCUGAAAUUGCUUCACAUGUGCUUGAAGGUGUUGAAUUGUGUGAUGGUGUCUUGAGGAAUCUAUUCUUAUGUUUGCAAAUCAAUGAUAUUGAACCAUUUUGCCAAGAUGAGCUUGCUUUGUAUCGACAAUGUGCUGAAAACAGGGACAAGGUAUUGAGAGUAAGACUCCAAGAGAGCGAACACAAGUUAGGAUCGUCUAUGCCUAUUGAUCUCGCAAAGGAACGGGUUACUCAGCUUGAAGCUGAAGCCACAUCACUAGAGAGGCACAGUACUCUUUUCUUAAACAUUGCAGUGCACUUGAUUCUAGCAAGUGGAGCUGAAGGAAUUGAAGGAUUUCGUCGGAGAUGGAGUUUGCACGGUCGGAUGACGGAUACAAAAAAACGUCUGGAGUCACUGAAGCAGGGAAUGGAGAAUAGGAAGAAGGAUGAACAUAAUCAAACCCCGAAACCUUCUACUUGGAAAAGAUGGUUCUUUUGGUGAAGUUGUUGUGAUUUUUUCCAGAAUGGAUCAUACAUUCUCAAUAAUAAUACACUUAUGCUGAUGCUUUCUAGAAUGAAUCAUUCAUUUGGAUCAUAAGAGUUCAUAAUCAUUCACUUGUGGCUCCGAUGCUAUACAAGAAAAUUCCUUUGAUUUGUGAUUUUGUUUGUCAUUUUAAUAUACCACACGAGAGUGCUUGUUGAUGUACCAAAUAAAUUCAGAGAUAAUUCCGAAAAUUCAAA